AGACUGCCCCUCUGCUGCCAUCUGCUGCACGGCAACAAAAUGUAAUGGAAUAUUGUUGGGAAGGUUCAGCCUCUACUCAUCCGCCUCUGGUGUCAUGGGCCAACGUAAUGACAUAGGAGGCAUUACUUUCAGAUAACACCUCGUGUUUCUUCAGUUAGAUUUAUUUUGUGCUAUCACGCAGCACGUGGUAUAAUCAGAUGAAUAUUUUGAGUUUUCCCCCUUUUUUUAAAUAUUUUUUACAAACAGAAUGAUCCUGAGCACCUCAUAAAUUUUUCUAUCAGGUUUGGAGUUCUAACGGAGGAACAAAAGGGUAGGUGUAAUAGUAGGCACUAUAUUUCUGCAGUUUUGUCUUGCAGAAGCUGGAACUUGAGAAGCUGGAACUAAACUACUACUAUCUGCUUAAAAAAAAAAUGCAGUGCUGUGGAUUUACUUCAAUACAGCUUUGCGCAUAAGUGAAAGACGGUCAGUGCUUCCAAACGGCAGGACUUCCAGCGGCUAUAGGAGCCCCCAGCAGUUUUGAGCAAGAGCAGGAGAGCAGCAGCGCACCUGUCCUCCCUGCCGGGGCUGAGUAUUUCUUACGGGAUCGCUGCAGAAUUAGUGCCACCUGCUGCACGUCCUCCGGAAUUGGAUCGGCUUCCCGCGGCGCCUUACUUCAAUCCGCGGGGCAUUCUUACGUUGCCCGGGUAGCCGCAGCUUCUGAAGUUCUUAAUUAGAUUUUUGAGAUUUUUUUAAAGAGAAUUAUUAAUCGAUUCGGCCUGGAAUAAAAAGAUAAUUCCGAAAUCAACUCGCGGGGCUAUAUAUUAAUGUUGUUAAUGGUGCACAUUAAUGAUGUUAACGUGGUGCUGGAGCCUCCCCAGUCGCCCUCCGCCCCUAACGCACCGAUUAUUAGAUUAUCAAAUUAUUAUUCAAUGAGCGCUCCUGACAGCUUUCAGCGCUUCGGCGCCGAACUCCUCGCAGGCGGCGAAGCCCUCCCCUCGGCAGCUGCGUUUUCCCCGCUGCCGAAGCGGGAUCAGCUCCGGAGAACGCGUGUGCAGAGAAGCUGUCCGCUCCGGGCGUGGGGGGACUGAGGGCACGGCCGGGCGACAGCUGCAGCGGGAGGGGCGGCUCGCGCUCCCUCACAGCCCGCCCUCAGGGCUCCGGCUGGGGGCUGAAGAGCUGCGUACGGACGCGGCCCUCCCCGCGGAGCCGAAGGGCCGCCGCCGCUUUGAACUUCCCGCCCCCUGUUCCCGGCGGCGGCCACGCUGAGUGUUUGUUGCCGCAGUUUCCAACGCGCUGCGGUCGCAGAGGAGCCGGGAGGCUAGGGAUCCGUUGCGUCUCCCCGGCCCCGCUGCCGGGAGCGGCCGCCGUCCCGCCGCGCCCCGUGCCCUCGGGCAGGCCGCUGGGCCGGCGCCUCCCGCGGCGGCGGCGAAUCUGCCGAGCCCGUCCCGCCGCUAGCGCGGUUUGGGCGGUUGUCAGGGAGAAACAAGAUGGCGGCGGCGGCGGAGGAGGACACGGAGCUGCGAGACCUGCUGGUGCAAACGCUGGAGAGCAGCGGGGUGCUCAAUAAAAUCAAGGCAGAGUUGCGAGCAGCUGUUUUUUUGGCAUUAGAAGAACAAGAGAAAGUAGAGAACAAAGCUCCUCUGGUAAACGAAAGCUUGAAAAAUUUUUUGAGUACAAAAGAUGGUCGUUUGGUGGCAGGUCUUGUUGCAGAAUUUCUACGAUUUUUCAAUCUUGAUUUUACGUUGGCUGUUUUUCAGCCUGAAUCAAGCACACUAAAUGGCCUGGAUGAUCGAGAAAACUUAGCUCGAGAUUUGGGAAUUACAGAAGGGGAAGUUACUGUGGGUGGUCCCCUGUUGUUGGAGGUUGUUAGAAAAUGUCAGCAGAAAAAGAUAUCAGGCAAUGGAGAAGUUGCUCCAGUUCUAAGUGAUGGCCUAUGCUCCGUGUCAAAAUCGUCUGAUGGAAGAUCAAGUACACACCCCAUACCGAGUAAGGUUACUGAAGCUACUCAAAGUGAUACAAGUGUCUCGUCAGGGGAAGCAAGCAAAAGAAGCAUUCAUUUUCUGCCUAACGAAACAAAACCAGAUCCUCAGUUGCAAAACAAAGACUUAAAUACCAAAGAAAAAAGUGAUCCCGGUGUGGAUGAAGAUGAUAUAGAGGGAGAUUCUUUUUUUGAUGAUCCUAUACCCAAACCAGAAAGAACUUAUGGCUGGAAAACUGAUUCCAAUAAAGCAGGAGGUCUAGCAUCCCUUUCUGAUGCACCGCCUCUGAAAAGUGGGUUAAGUUCUCUGACUGGUGCACCUUCCCUAAAGGAGCCCGAUGAUUUAAACAGAAAUUCUGUUUUGAAAGACCUGCGGUUGGUGAACGCAAAACUGGGAUCUUUAGAAUUAGGAAAUGGAGAUGACGAUGAGUAUGCUGAUGACUUCAACAGUACUAGCCUUCGCUCAGAGAAAAGUGAUAUCAGUAUUGGUGAAGAAAUAGAUGAAAUUUCUGUGGAAACAGAAGACUUGAAUGCCAGUGAUAAACUUGAAGACAUCACACAAGACCAUACAAUUUCCCAGUUUAGUGAUGUUGCAGAUUAUCUGGAAGAUGUGGCAUAGAAUUGGACAGCAAAAACGUUUCAUUGUGCUGGACUAGAAGACUACUGUGGACUGUUAAAUUCAGACAAUCACUUUUUGCUGGAACGUCCACUCCCUAUUUGUGCCUUGAUUAAAAAAGACUGUAGGUGGAGAGGGCUUCUUUACAAGACCUAAAUGAAAUGAAAUCAUGGGUUCCCAUUUGAUUCUGAUAUUGGAGUUACUUUUUUCAUUUGGUUCAGCCAAACUUUUUACAGCAGGAGUUGGAUUUUCCAAGCAGAAUGUCCAUUGCUGGCAGUGGGCAUAAUAAAAAAACAGUCUACAAGAAAACAUCUACACGGAGGCAUGUGGCUUUAUAAUGAACUUGCACUGUUAUUGUAACAGUUGGAAAAGUUUUUAGAGAUAACCAAAGCAAGAACCUUCAGAGGUAGGCUUCAACUUCUGCUUUGUUUUAACAGUUUUGUCCAGUCAGCAUGUCAUACAUAGUUAUGGUAAACCUAGCCACAAUACCUAAGCGCUCCAGACUUACUUGAAACUACUGUUUUUCAGACUUUUUUGAAAGUUGGACUUUUUAAAAAAGACAUAGCAAAUUGAGCAUAUCUAAAUUUAGCUAAAUUUAGGAGCUAAAUUUAGUACUACUCUUAACUCCGAAUAUUCUUGUUUAAAUAUGUUUGUCAGACCUUUGAUGUUAAGACCUAAGCUGUUUUUAUGUAUGAUAAUUUCAUUAAUGUUAUUGGUUGUUAAAUCAUGAAAAUUGAUUAUGUAAGGAUCCACAAAUCAUUAAAUAUUUUUUUUUUUAAGUUUUUAACAGUGUGGUAAUGGUUUGUGGAGCUGUUAUUGUCGAGGGCUCUUCUUUUGCUGUAAGCUCACCUCCAUUCUGGAAAAUCCUUGUUGCGCAAAAAUGAGCGCCAGAAAGUGAAACCACUAACUGUUUGUGUUUCAGAUUCUGAUUGCCCUAGAGAAAUAAAUUCAAAUAUUUAAAACACCAUGCUGAAGACAUUAUCAACACUAAGUUCUAGAUAAGAGCAAAUUUCAGUGUAUUCAUUGUAUUCUUGCAAAACAGGGUCAGUAAUGGAAACAGUGACAGUUCCUUAGCGAUGGCAUUGUGCAUGGCGCUGCUGUAAUAUGUAGGUCGUGGACAUUUAUAGUACUGAAACAAGACUUCAAAAUGUGCACUUUCUGAACAUUGUGAACGCAUUUGGAAAAUACACAUGUACAUGAAUAUAAAUAACUUAAUUUUUUUUCCUUUUUUAACACUUUGUAAUUUUCUUUUUCCAGGAAAACUGUUGGCCUCUCAUCAGUGGCCACCUCAGAAGUAGCAUGCUAAACUAAAGCCAUUGGUUAAGCAAAUAGUGCUGCUACUAGCAUUGAAUGCUGACUUGGAUCUUUCUUGCACUGGGCCAGCAGGCAUGGAACAGUGCUGGAAAGUUAGGCUUUUGUAGUACAUAAAUAAUGAGAAGAGGGGAAAAGUUGUGCCUUUUAUUUAUGUGCGCCCCAAAAUAAGCCAGCAAAAAGCACCAAAAUAUUCAGUCACCUUUAACUUCUAACUUUGUGCCAUGUUGUAGCAGCUUAACACAGGAGAAUUGUUUUUACCCUGAAAAUCAAUGUGCCAUAGACUUCAGGUAACAACGGUGUUGUAAAAAAUAAUGUACCAUGUGUAAAAAUUACUUGAACUGAAGAGAAACCCGUGUCUCAAGAUACUAUAUGUAAAAUGGUUGUUUCUGUUUGAAAUCUUUUUAAAGAGAGCAAUAACAUGUCCGAAGGAUGUAAAGUUCCACUUGAACACUUGGGAACAAUUGAUUGCUGACAUUCAUUUUUAAGGUGUGUGGAAUAAUGUAGAGAUGGUGCCAUUUGCAUUUUUAUGUGUCUUGGGAAAACAUGUUUUUUUUUUUACCUGUUAACUGUAGUAUACCUUGCAAUUUGUCUUGCCAAAAGAAGCUAAAACUUCAUUAAAUUAUUUCUAAUUGCAUAUGGAGAUGUGGCCUUUAAAUAACUAAUUAGAUACUCUAAAUGUUAAUAUGACUUUUGUUAACAGCAAAGUGUUUUCUCUUUCCUUGGGGGCUAAUUGGAGACCUUGCACUUUGAUUCUCGUUUAAGGAAAUGCCAAAAAGUGGUAAGUCUCCUGUGAGGUUUCACUGAAUUGUGUAUAAUAACUUGCAAAAUAAAGCUAUUGUGCUGGCUAAA